CCCGUUCAUAUGAGACCUUGGUAGCUCGGAAAAUAAUCUGAGCUGAGCAUUAUGUGUUCACGUUGACAUCUGUCAUCAUUUACAGAAAGGUAGCGCAAAAGAAUAAAGAAAAAUCAGUCAGGACGUGUAGCAGACGUGCGGUCGGUAGUGGGUUUACCGCCAAAGAGCCUAAGGGGAGAGACUCCCAGCGCCUUCGCAGCGAGCACCUCCAAACCCUCCAAACCCUCCACCCCGUACCCUCCACCUCCGACCUUCAACCUCCAACCUCCAACCUCCAGCUCUCUCAACAAUCCCCUCGAGUCCUUGAGUCUCGAAUUCUUACCUUCUUACACCUCUCGGAACGCCGGUCGGUUCCUCUCCAAAUUCUCCCCUUUUGGCAACGGCUUUACUACAGAUCGGCCCGUGCGAGUGAAGUGCUUCCCACUACACACCUCUUUGCCUCCCGCGAGAUCUCGAUCUUCAGUCGCCCUCCUGCCGUGUUUCUUUUCUCUGAGCUCCUGGUUGAGGUUCUCUUCUUUGCUUUCAAACUAUUUUAUUCGUCCUUUGUUCUCCGACUCCGCGUCCUCGAGGAGUAUUCUUUUUGCACCUUCUUUCGGACCCAAAUUUGCGCUCCCGUGUGAGGGUGAUUGAAUCUCUCCUCCACUCUCCGACCUUCCUCCUCACCUCCCUCCACUUCACCUGCAUAUUCCACGAAAAGACUUUGCUCUACCAGAUUCGAUUUGCACCUUUCAAUCCACUUGCCUCCCUUUGAAACAAAAAAUUAUUCGAUUCGCCCGUUUGCUGUGCGGUUGAGGUUUUCGUUUGAUCAUUUCUACGGUUGGAAGUGGAACCCGGAGGGGCACCUUUGAGUCGCUGGUGUGGGUGUGUGGAAAAUCGAGUCCUGUCUACCGAGUCGCCGAGCCCGACAACACGAAACCACUGGCGUUGUUGGACAUUGCUAUAUGGUCUCAAACAUCGAUGGGAUUGCGAAGUGUUCCCGCCACCUUGGUGAACUCUCACCGAUAGCGUCGGACCAGCCUUCCAGCACCAUGGCAUGGAUGCCGCAGCCCGACGCGUCCGAGAUUCCUCCUCGGCCUUCAUUAACCUCUCAUCAGUCUAACUCCCUUCCUUCCACCCCUUACCAGCAUGCGCGCAAUCUCUCCUUUCACUCCCGGUCGCCGUCCCCCGCCCGCGGAAGCACGUCUCCUCGUUCCACCCACUCCGAGUCGACACAUUUGCCCCCAUCGGCGCGGAAACCUCUCGGGGGUUGUAAAUACGAGACCGCCAUGGCAUAUUUUCGAAGACGAAUACCCUACAGCCUGGGAGCGGAUUUAUUGCCAGAGGAAAAGGAAGGGUUGAAGGAGAGCCUUGAUCCGGAGGAGGAGCGCCGAUUGACCGCGGAUAUUAUGGAACUUUACGAUCGGUUGUUACCUUCUGCCGAAAGCGAUGAUCGACGGCGGCAACUCGUUCGGAAAUUGGAGAAAUUGUUUAAUGAGCAAUGGCCUGGGCACGAGAUCAAGGCAAAUGUCUUUGGCUCGUCGGGAAAUAAGCUCUGUUCGAGUGACUCGGAUGUGGACAUUUGUAUCACGACGAAUUUCAAAGAUUUGGAACAUGUGUGUCUGCUGGCCGAGGUUCUCGCUAGGCACGGGAUGGAACGAGUUGUCUGUGUCUCCCAUGCGAAAGUCCCAAUUGUGAAAAUUUGGGAUCCGGAAUUGAAACUUGCUUGUGAUAUGAACGUCAACAAUACCCUCGCAUUGGAGAACACCCGCAUGAUUCGGACAUACGUCGAAGUCGACGAACGAGUACGGCCAUUGGCAAUGUGUGUUAAGCAUUGGACAAAACGACGGAUCCUCAACGAUGCGGCACUCGGCGGAACAUUAAGCUCUUAUACAUGGAUCUGCCUGAUCAUCAAUUUUUUGCAAACGAGGAAUCCGCCGGUCUUGCCGAGUCUUCAAGCUCGCCCGCACAAAAAGAGGGCCACUCCGGACGGAUUGGUGUACUCGUUCGACGAUGAUCUUGAAUCUUUGACUCAAUUUGGUCGCAAGAAUAAACAAACUGUCGGCCAGUUGUUGUUCGAGUUCUUUCGGUACUAUGGGCACGAAAUCGACUAUGAGAAAAAUGUCAUCUCGGUACGCGAGGGAAAGCUGGUUUCCAAAGAGGGCAAAGGGUGGCAUCUGUCUGUGAACAAUCGGCUGUGCGUUGAGGAGCCCUUCAACACGUCAAGAAACCUAGGCAACACGGCUGAUGAUACGUCAUUCCGCGGUCUACAUAUGGAGCUUCGGAGAGCGUUCAAAUUUGCCUCGGAUGGUGAUUUGACAGGUUGCUGCGCUGAGUUCGAGUUUCCGCCAGAAGAGGAACGGACAUGGGAGCGACCCCCACCCCAACCGAGGCCAAUCAUCACUGCUUCACUUCCAACCCGAGGAGGCCGGGGUGGCCGGGGUGGACGAUAUGGCAAUCAGUACUCCCGGGGAGGAUUUGCUAGUGGUGGUCGUCGAACAUCGAACACUGGGAACAAAUCCGGCUUCCGGCAAGGAAACACGGCGAGCGCGACCGACCUCUCGCUACAGGCGCAACAACAAGCUCAGUUUCUGUUGCAUGAUCAGCUCUAUCAACAGAUUCAGCUUCUCCAGGCGCAGGAACAAGAGUUGCGCAUGCAGCUCCACAAUCAGGCAUUGAUCACCGGACGACCACCCCCCGUAUUCCUUCGCCAGCCAUUCAUCCAGUUCCCUAUGCCGCAGCAGCAAGAGUACACGGGUGAUGAGACUUCAAGGUCCAGGUCAGGAACCGUGAACCAGCCACCUCUCACACCGUCAGGCCGGCAGCAAAACUUCUACCCGAGUCCUACCUAUGCUUCCGUCAGCGCGGCGGGCACUCAGGGUAGCACCACGAAUCCGCCCUCUCCAUCCGCAGUCAAUGCUCACCCCGACCUGCGGCGGAAUCCCCGACGCGCCUCAGUUGUGAAUGGAUCGCCAAAGGCAAACCUUCGAGCGCAGUCACAGCCUGCACGACCUCAGCAUUCCCCUUCUCUCCCGACAUUUACUCCUCUGUAUGCGAUCCCGCAACCAUUGGACACCUCAUUUGGGUCUCGACAGCAGUCGGUUCCCGAACCAUCUGAAGGUGGCGAAGGAAGCGGAGAUGAGAAUGCAAUGCCACCCAACAGCCUUCCCAGCAACGGCUCACGCUCCGACUCUGUGGACGAAAGCCGGGCUCUGGAAAUGAUGGGUUACUAUCUCACCCCGCAGCAACUGCAGCUCUAUCAGCAGAGCGCAAUAUUGCCUCCGUUGUCAUCACCAAUGGGUCUUGCGCUGCCAAAUGGCUAUACGUCUUUCCUCCCGGUGCAACAGGACUAUCGUUCUGGGUCGUUCUCACCGGACGGGAUGAAUGGGCGCACUGAUCAAACGCCUACACCUGCACCUCGGGCUUCUGGGUCAGGACAACAGCGCUCAACUUCGCGGCCCGCGCCGGCCGCAGACCGGGGUCCAUUGAUUGUUGAUGGCUCGGUUCCGCCCAGUGAGCCCCGCCCACAGUAUACGAUGGAUAUGAUUGAUCCAUAUACUGCCGUAACGCAUUACACGUCGACUGCGGAUGACCAUAACAUCAACACGCCAGCCAGUUUCUCCGAUUCCCUAUCGCAAGACUUCCAAGACCCGGGCCCGUUCGAGAUGGAGCAGCCACCUGUCUUUACGAGGGUGCCUUUUGAAGCGUCAAAGACGGGCAAUGUCAACGGUCACGAUGCCUCUUUGGAGAAGGCCAAUGGGCAACCGGCGCUUCUCGCCAGUCGUCUUCAGAAUCUUCACCUGUCGAAUGCCGAAAAGCUGGCCCAGUCACAGCCAACGACGAAAACGACUUUAGACCGACAGAAGAACGGCACUUUGCAUUCCGGGGCGAGCAAAGACGUAGCACCGGCGAAAACCUCGGCAUCCUCGGGUGAGAAAGGUUCUUCUGGGGCGAGUUUGGGCAAUGAAGCCCGUCAACAGGCAUCCAAUUCGAAGCGCGGGCGAUCAAACGGCGUGGACUCAUCUGAGAAGGUCAAUGGUGUCAACCAUGGAAAUGGUAACGGUCAUGGUCAUGUCAAUGGCCACGCCCAUAGCCACAGUCAUAAGCCCAAGGCCAAGGGGCGACAGGAUGCAACGAAUAACUCCUCGAACCUGUCGGGCGAUUCCAAGGAUCGAAACAAUGACCAUCCCCCUCGAAAGUCGGGUGGCCAGACAAAUGGCACCAACGAGGCCAAUCACAGCGGAUGGCAGACUUCGGGGAAAAAGAAGCACCGGAGGAAUGCCAAGUCCUCUGCUGCCGAGCACCGUAAUGGCGUCAAUGGUGGUCCCGAGCCUCUCCCCGCAGACGAGUCAUUGCGGAAAGGCGGUUGAAGGAGGGAAAAGACGUUAUUUCACGAUCUGUCCGGCUAUCAGCAUACGUUCACGAGCAUAUCGACGUCUCAAUAUCAAAAAACCACCCUCUGGAAAAUUGGAUGUCCCAAACAAUAUGAAACGAGUCCCUCCCCAAAAAAAAAGAAACGAAAGAACUCAUUGAAGUACUUGCACUUCCAAGCUUACGCCUCACCUUUGUGACAUCAACUCUUCGUCGAGCAAAUGUCGACUUUAUCAACGACUGUCCUAAGAUUCAACGGCCAUUUUGAAUGUUUCUGUGUCUUUUCUUCUUUGUGAUUUCCACUUGUCUUGUCAAUUUGUUGUACCCGGUGUCAAGGGGAACAGGUCGGUUAGGGCAUAUGCGCAGCAUCAUCCAUCAUUCAAUCAUCAAUCAACAGCACUAUUCAUCAUCCAUCAUUGCCAUGCCUUGUCUCAUCAUUGUAUUUCUGUGUUCUUGGAAAAAAAAAAUCUCUUCAAAUUCCAAGUUUUCGGCCUUCAGGCAAAUUGUUGUCUUCAUUCCCCAUUUCUAUGUUCAUUCAUCGAGGAAGAACACUCAUUGAAUCGAAUUAACUGCAUGAAUAUUGUCUCCGGGUUUUUUUUCUGCAAGUCAUUUGAGUUUCUCUUCUUGAUCGGAUGGGAUCUGUGUUCCUAUUUUCAUUUGCCUUGUUCAUUCGGGAUGAAUGUUAGACGCCUGGUCUGAGGGGGUUUUAAGGUUAUGGUCCCCCUCUUCCAUUGCACUUUAUGGGAAGGGGGGGGGGGGGGAUUGCGACUUGGUUGUCUGUGGGAUGGGAAUAAGCCAAGACAGACAUUAUAGUUGUUUACAUAUCAUCUUCUCCCUGUUUUUUUCGGUUCUGUAUAAAAAGAGGAUAUUGGGCUGGAUUGUCAAUGAGAAAAAAAAUCAAAAGGC